AUGGGCAAGUACAGAGUCCGCGUCGCCACCGGGGACUCGUUCUUGGCGGGCUCUGGCAACCUGGUGCAGCUGUGGCUCGUGGGCGAGCACGGGGAGGCGGACCUCGGCAAGCGGUUGCGGCCCGUGUGGGGAAAGGAGACGGAGUUUGAGAUCGACGUCCCCCUGCACCUGGGGCGCCUCCUGCUGGUGAAGCUGCGCAAGCACAAGGUCUUGUUGGAUUUUGACUGGUUCUGCAAGUGGAUCGCCGUGCAGGGCCCCGGGGGCGCCCAGGGAGAGGCCCUGUUCCCCUGUUACCGCUGGGUGCAGGGCGACGGGAUUAUCUGCCUACCGGAGGGCACUGCGCGGACAGUGAGCGAUGACCCUCAGAACCUGUUUAAGAAGCAUCGGGAGCAGGAGCUGGAGGAAAGAAGGAAGGUGUACCGGUGGGGCUCCUGGAAAGACGGGUUAAUCCUGCCUAUAGCGGGGAACACGCAACGGGACCUUCCCAGGGACGAGCGAUUCCUCGAGGACAAGGAUUUAGACUUCACUCUCUCUCUGGCAAAAGUGUUGAAGGAUUUGGCCAUUAAGGGGACACUGGAUUUCGCAAAUUCUGUAAAAAGGCUGGAAGAUUUCAAAAAAAUAUUCCCACGUGGAAAGACUGCCCUGGCCGAGCGGGUUUGUCAUUCCUGGAAGGACGAUGCCCUCUUUGGGUACCAGUUUCUCAACGGUGCCAACCCCAUGCUCCUGAGGCGUUCUACGAGCCUCCCAGCCCGGCUGGUGCUGCCUCCGGGGAUGGAAGACCUGAAGACCCAGCUGGAUAAAGAACUCCAGGCUGGAUCUCUGUUCGAAGCUGAUUUCUCCCUGCUGGAUGGGGUCAAGCCUAAUAUCAUCAUUUUUAAGCAGCAAUAUGUGGCAGCCCCUUUGGUCAUGCUGAAGCUUCACCCUGAUGGAAGACUCUUACCCAUGGUCAUCCAGCUCCAGCCGCCUCGUCAUGUGCCCCCCCCUCUGCUCUUCCUUCCCUCAGACCCUCCCAUGGCCUGGCUCCUGGCCAAGACGUGGGUCCGUAGCUCUGAUUUCCAGCUGCACCAGUUACAGUCACACCUGCUGAGGGGACACCUGAUGGCUGAGGUUAUUUCUGUGGCUACACUGAGGAGCUUGCCCAGCCUGCAUCCAAUCUACAAGCUCCUGAUCCCACACUUUCGCUACACCAUGGAGAUCAACAUUCUGGCCCGGAGUAGUCUUGUCUCUGAAUGGGGGAUUUUUGAUCUGGUGGUGAGCACUGGUAGUGGAGGCCAUGUGGACAUCCUCCAGAGAGCCACAGCCUGUCUGACCUAUCGUUCCCUCUGCCCUCCUGAUGACCUGGCUGACCGCGGGCUCCUGGAUGUGAAUUCUUCUCUCUAUGGCCAAGAUGCCCUUAGGCUGUGGGGAAUCAUCAGCCGGUAUGCGGAGGGGAUGGUUGGGCUUUUCUACAAGAGUGACCAAGCUGUGAAGGAUGAUCCAGAGUUGCAAGCCUGGUGCAGAGAGGUCACUGAGACAGGACUGCAGGGGGCACAGGACCGGGGGUUCCCCAUGUCCUUGGAGUCUCGGGCUCAACUCUGCCACUUUGUUACCAUGUGCAUCUUCACAUGCACCGGUCAGCAUGCUUCUGCCCAUCUGGGCCAGCUAGACUGGUACUCCUGGAUUCCUAAUGGCCCAUGCACUAUGCGGAAGCCCCCACCCAUCUCCAAGGAUGUGACAGAGAAGGAUAUAGUGAACUCACUGCCCGAUCUCCACCAGGCCCGCAUGCAGAAGACUUUCACAAAGUUCCUUGGCAGACGCCAGCCUGUCAUGGUGGCCCUGGGGCAGCAUAAAGAAGAAUAUUUCUCAGGCCCUGGGCCCCAAUCUGUGCUGAAGCGAUUCCAGGAGGAGCUGGCUGCCAUGGACAAGGAGGUCGAGGUCCGGAAUGCAGGCCUGGACCUGCCCUAUGAAUACCUUCGACCCAGCAUGGUGGAGAACAGUGUGACCAUCUGA